AAUCGUUGCGUUCUUUUCCCAUUGCCAAAGACAGGCCCUCUCGAGUGGAAACCCAGCGCCCCUUUGUCUCUGCAUGGCUUGUGCCCUGUCCGAAUCGAGAUACGAGUACUUUUAACCCGUGCGGCGACUAUCACGUAACAAGCGCCCGGCAUGGUCAACCGUGGCAAGCCCUCGCGCAAUUGCCUGCCGUGUCGCAAGCGCAAGCUGCGGUGCGACUUAGUCCCAGGAUGCUGUGGUCAAUGCAGGCGAGCUGGUCUAACCUGCGUCGGCUAUCGAGACCCUGAGGCCCUGAUCUUCCGGGACGAGACAGUUAAUGUGCAACAAAAAGUGACUGUCGCUCAGACACAUGCAGCCUCGACGCAAAGAUUCAACCAGAUUCACCAAUACCUAUCCUCACAACUCGCAAAGCCCGUAACGCCGUCAAUAGAGACCCGUGCGCGGCACGACUUCUUUGCCCACUAUGUGCUGCGAGAAUCCGCGGCCUACGACAUGCUGGGCAGCAUAUAUAAGAAUUCAAAACCAGGCGAUCAUCUCUCAGCAAGUGUGGAUGCCGCAAGUCUAGCAUUCCUCGCGUCCAAAAGCAACAAUCAACCCCAUAUCACCAAAAUCGCCACCAAGGCCUACGUGGAUGCGCUACAGGCGCUGGCUCCUGUAAUUACACAACCAGAGGCGGCAACCUCAGAUGCCACUGUACAAUCUAUUCUGCUACUCGACUUGUACGAAAAGAUGACAAAUAGAUCCUCGCUGACGGAAGAUACGGUCCGGACACAUCUAACUGGUGCCCUGACGCUGAUUGAGAAGCGUGGCACCGCAAAUACACAAAGUGUUGCUGCGCGACGCUUGGUGGAAAGACUAUAUAUUACGACAAUAUUGAGCUGUGCUGCGGCAGGCAGCCGUGUGCCGCAAAAUGUACAGGAUCUGCGAAACGUAUUGGAUCCGUUCUUUGACCAUACUGAUCUUAAGUGGCUCCUGAUAAAACUGAAUAUCGAAGCGAUUACCUUUAGCGCUGAUGUGCGCUCAGGCAAGAUUCGCGGUCCGGAAAAUGUCAUUCCGCAGGCGGAAAUGCUGGACAGGCAGCUUGCAAGUAUGGAAACGGCUCUUUCACCGGACUGGAAGCCGAAACGAGUCUACGUAACGCAAGGAGCAGAUCGUCGCAUCUUUGGAAAAUACUACGACGUAUAUAUCAGCCAUGAGAAGACACAUAUCCGAAAUAUGGUACGGACACUGCGGUUGCAUCUUCAUGCCAUGAUGCAGGGCUUUGCUAGGGGAGCACCGCAUUUACUGGAUCCGAAAUCUCCAGCUAUUGUUGAUGCCUGUGCAGACCAAAUCGCAGCCAGUGUGCCGCAGUUUUUGAUCCCAGGCGUGCGACCAGAUAAUGCAGAGCCAUUUUCGUCGGUACAAAUGCUACAGUGUUAUACUCUAUUGCCCCAAAUGUAUCUGGCUGGUCGUCUUACUUCAAAUAAGGCCUUGUCGGAAUGGGUGUUUGACAUGAUGGAGCACAUGGCAAGUGUGGGAGCGAUGAAAAUGGCCAAGGUCACAGUGGACACAUUACGGACGGACAAAUCAAUAGCAUACUGGGAUAUCUAUGCUUUGUUGGGCGGCUAUGCGUUUGUAAUUUAGAAUACCAAAUGGCGUUGCUUGAUUAUCCUAUUAAUGAAUAUCAUGAGAUUACCAGUGAAUAUCGGCAUGUACAUUCUGUUAUUAUACAAAUUCUUUCUGUGAUCGAGUGGCUAGCUAUCGUCUUGUGUUAUAUAGAAUCAGAUGGUACCCAUAAAUCGCUAUUCCCAUUGCGUCUAGUUCUCAGUGAAGAGGUGUCUGACUACCUUCGCUGUAUUCAUCGUCGCCUGGAACAUUCUCACUAUCCUCAGCAUCCUCGGCAUCCUCGGCAUCCUCAUCAGAGUGGUUCUCGUCAUCGUCAUCGUCUGAACCAGCAGCAUAAAUUAAGAAGCCUAUCCCGGAAUCGCCAUUGUUCAAUUCCAGUUUGUACGUUUCUGGAUCAUCUCUUAGGGCAUUCGCCAGUGCAGAAUCGUACAGCUUCCCACCAUCUUUCAAAAUAGCCUCACGUGGCCGGAAAUUAACUGUUAUCACCACAUAUUCAAUCUUACCGGGCUCACAUUCGUCUCGAUCCCAAUGAGUGCCUUCCCAUGUACUAGAGCCUCUCCAUCUCAUGGGAUGUGUAGACAGACUCGCAUCGGCCAAUAGAAUUUGGCCAUUCCUCUUCCUAAAAUACCAAGACUCCUGCAUCUGCUUUGCAAUCCCCUGGAGCUGGUCUAAUUUGCGAGCCACAGUCUCCAACUCAAAACAGAUUUCUUCUGUUUCUUCCGGGAGGAGACCAAAGAAGCCAUGAAGCCAGCGGGAAUUAAAGUAAAGUUCGUUAUCACUCUCCCAAUGCCACCAGUCGGUAUGUCGAAUUGUAAAGGUGAUGCGACGAGCAAUGAUCAUAUCCAUCUCCAUGAGCUGUUGUAGGUCACCAUCGUCGAAAUUAAACAUUUGAAUAAAGAUGCGCAUGUCGUCGAUGGCUGCAGCGUCCAGAGAUAAACUAGCUGCCGCCCUGCUGAAUUUGAUCAACUGACUAUGCCAGUUUGAAUGUGGCGGUGCUCGGUUGCCCCAGGCUAGCCAAAAUACGUGCUCCGUGUGAAUUAGAGGCAUAUCCCAAGAUUCAAGAAGGGCAGCACGACAUGUUCGCAGCAAGUCUGUAUCGAUCCGGUGCCGGGAGAAGAAGCCUGGCCGUCUGUAACAAGUAUCUUCAUCGUAUUGGGCAUCUUUUGAGGGGUCAGGGUAACCUGUUACCGCAUAGCGAAAGAUGAUGCGCCGGAUUUCAGGAGGAAGCGCAAAGAGGGGUGAUUGUAGCUGUUGGUUGGCGCAAUGACGGCUAGUGUUUAACAAACGAAGCAUGAUGAACUGAGGCGGGGUUCGAAAGAAUAAUACAUAGAGACAUUGCAUGUAUUUCCGAAGCCAGCGCACGAAAUGAAAUUAUAUAGACAUCUCUGGGUCCGAGCCUUGGUCGAGUUCGUGCAGCCUAGGCCAGGCAGCCGCGUCCAGCUUCAACGGCGGUCUGCCUUGCUUUGCUUUGUUUAAGAGCCUUGCCUUGCUUGGCCCGCAUCACUCGUUAUGCCUGGAAACAAGAUCCGAUGGUAUUUGACGAGGAGCUCAGUGACAGCACGGCGCAGGUUGUAGUUGACGGUAUUGUCACUAUCGGACAUUACUCGUGAUACUACACACUGCGCGUAGACGAGAUGGCUCUCCGACAUUACAGCUCUGUGGGCGCGAAUUAUGAUGGACAAGCCUUGCACUUGAAAAACGAUGAAUACACAAUUCACAUGCUUCUAACGGAAGUUGUUCAGCGCUCAAGAAAAUAAGAAAAGGAAUAUCGAAAGUUUUAAAUUACAAUGGAAGUAUCGGUUGCUAUACAGUU